UAAUAUGGCUUGUUUGUUAUGAAAAGAUAAUUCAUCAUCAUCUUCCUCGUAUCAUUAUCAUCAUCAUCAUCAACAAACAAUUGAUUUAGUUUAAUCAGGCUCAAAAUCUCUCUCAAACCCUUCCGAUUGAACUAAUUCGACGCCGCAGUAAAUUCAGAGAAUUCGCACGAUUGAAUUGAUCCCCCAGAGUGAUUUUGCUCAAAAACGGUGCCGUUUUGGGUCAAGCCCCCCUUAUUUUCAUCGAAAGCCGAGUGGGUGGGCAGACAUUCCUUCUUAUGCAACUGGUGACUGCAAUUGUUGUAGACGAAGCAUUACACGUGGAUUGCAGUGAAAUCAAGUGGAAUUUGAUUUUGCUUCAGGAUUUCCUUGAUAUAAACGGAGUCAAAAUCAGUGCUUCGGAGUAAGGCUUUCUCCGCUUGGCGUGAAGAUGUUCGGUGAUAAAUCGCUGCUUUCUCCGCUUGGCGUGAAGAUGUUCGGUGAUAAAUCGCUAACCCUUCCUCGGCACGAGCUGUUUAGCAUUAUUAGAAAGCACUCAAAGUCUAUAGGACAAACCACAUUAGAUGAGGAGGUGGCACAAGAUGAUUUGGAAAUGGACCCUAGCUUCUGGCAUAACAUCAUUGACUCGUAUUUUGUUCGCAGCAGAGAGUCCAGGGGGCGUGAGGAUGAUGAUCUUCUAUUCUUUGUUAGAAAAAUGAAUUCGGAGUCGCAAAAACACAAUGGUGAUGUAGAAGGCAACUCUCCUUACUUUGUACGCAGGUGGGCACCUGAGUUGGAUGAAUUAGUUGGUGGGAGUUCAAUAUUUAUAGAUUGGAGGCGUUCUUUUUAUCUGAAUUUGAUUGCUCAUACCUCCUUCAAUGUGACUGUAGCAAUUUGCAGUCAUCAGGUCAUUCGGCAAUAUCAACAGGGCGAAACUUUGUCUCCUAUCUAUACGGUUGUGAAGACUGUAUAUGCAUCUCCGAGUCGUAUUAAUUUUCAUUUGGAUUCAAGAAAGGAAGUAGAAACAACACCUGCAUAUCCAGAUAUAUGUUUUGCAGUAGAUGAUUUUGAUUCCACUUUUGAUUCAGUGGUCUUGACUGAUCCAGAUCACUGUUGUUGUGUGUUGCUAAAUGCUCAUGACGGGGCAGCAUUUCCAAAUGAAAGAAAAACAGAGCAAGCUAAUUCAGAGGUUUCUUCACCUGAGAACGUUACAAGUCAUGGCAAGACAAAGAACUCCAAGAUCACCCUUUUCUCAGGUUUUGUCAGCUACCAAAUGGUUCGAGAGGCAUAUGAUGCUGGCAGGUCCGGGUUUGGGAGCCUUCUGUCUCUUGGUCAUUCCUCUGCCAGAACUGACAGGAUAUUCAUGAAAGGUCCAGGAGGGCGUGGUGAAGUCGAAGUAGCCGUCUCUGGAAUCCUAGAUCAGAGCAAGGUGGAUUUAGGUCCUCAAUCACCGAUUCAGAUAUCUAAAAAGGGUCUUGGUUUAGGAACUAUUGUACGCAAAGCAGCAUCCGUGGCAUCAACAGCAGCAAAGCAGGCUUAUGCUGCAGCCUCGUCCUCUCCCAACUUGGAUGGCGAGAUGUUGCCCCUCAAGUGCUGUUUAAUGUCCAUCUCAUUGCCAUGGGAGAAUAUUGUUCAUGAUCUCCUAUUCAAGGGGAGUCCGGCUGUCAACUUGUAGCUGUUGUAGCGAGUUUUCGAGCUUCCACUUCUCGUGGAAAAAAGGCUGUUGUAGUGGAAGAGAAAAUGUGGAGGCUCAGUGUAAAUUACAUGUAUCUUGGUUUAUUGCAAUGAGUUGAAUUCUCAGUAGUCUUUUUUAUUUAUGUUUAGUAAAAAUAAUGGUUAGCUUUAUGCCUUUAUAUGUAGCCAAAUUUAUAUUUGUAUUUCUUCUAAAAAGAUAGUAAAUUUAUAUUUGAAUU